CAAAAAAUUCCAAGGACCCAAAAAGAAAAUCUUCUUUUCUUCUCAAUUAUUAUUUUGUGAUCUUCAAUAGUCGCACCAGCAACCUUUUAAUUGCACCUACCAACAUUAUUGCUAUUUGGAUUAUCUAUCGGCACCUUAAAACGAGUCUAUAAACACACUCUUCUAUGUAAUGAAGCAUUCUCUGGCUCUACUCACCCUACAUUCUUCUUCUACGUACGGUCUAACAUCGAAGAAAUGGCUUUCUGGGGAACUGAAUUACUUGCUGGAGAACCUGUUACCCACGUCUUCAAAAAAUCGCAAGGAAGGUUACGCAUAUGCAAGGCAACACUAGGUGUAGGUCUUGCCGAAGGGAGGAGUGUAGUUCAGUGUAAAAUAGGAGACAAGAGUCCGAUUCUUUUGUGCUCAUUGAGGCCUUACAACAACGAAACAUGUUCUGUUGAUAUUGAAUUCAAGGAGGAAGAGAAAGUUAUUUUUGAAGCUAUAGGUCCUACAACAACCAGUGUGCAUCUUGCCGGUUUUUAUCUUACCAAUAAUGCUGAUGGACAAAGUGAUUCGAACGAAGUGAAGAAGGCUGAAGAUGAUGAAGCCGGAGUAAAUGGACGUGUAAAAACAUUUCCCAGCGGUUUAAUCAUUGAGGAUUUAGAAAAAAGCCAACAUUCUAGCACCAUGAUUGCUAGUCCUGGAUCUAUGGUGUCGGUAUCGUACGUUGGAAAAUUGAAGUUCACCGGCUAUAUAUUUGAGUCAAGAAACUCCAGCUCACCUUUCUAUUUCAGAUUAGGCACAGAUGCAGUUAUUGCAGGAUUGGAAAUCGGCAUUACUGGUAUGCGUGUUGGUGAUAAAAGAAAGAUCACAAUUCCACCAUCUAUGGCGUAUGGUCCUCAAGGACGCAAAAAUGUACCACCGGAGUCAUGGGUUGAAUAUACUAUUAAGUUGCUUUCUAUGAGUAACAGUGUACCCCCACUGUUCAGCGACGAGCAAGGAUCCAAUGUUGAAGUGGACUAAAAUUAUUCUUGUGCUAUUGCUCAUAUUAUUCACAUCCACUGUUAAAAUUUUCAUACGGAUUUGAAUCCAAAAUAGGGUACAAAAUCUUCCUUUAAAAGUGAUAUCCAUAAAGCCACCCCAAGUUCCAUCUCUGUCUGUAAAGUAAUUUCUAGGAAUGUUGUUUUUGAAUGGAAGAGAAAGAUUGUAUUGCAGAAAAUAUAAUUUCUAAAAA